AUGACUACGGAUGUCGAAAGAUCACGUCCACAAACUAGAAAUGGUUUUGGGCAAUUAUCUAAAAAUAUGUUCUUUGCAAGACAUGUAGCACAACCGAGAUAUUUAAGAUUUAUAACAGGAGCUGCUGGUCAAAGAGUAUGUCAUGUUCGAGAAGAACCACUUCGUUUACCAAUACCCAUAGCAAGUGAAUAUACAAAACCAUUAAUGUCUGAUCCACGUUUUCGUAUUGAUUUUUCACCACAAUCUUACAAUGAAAUAUUAUUACAAUCAUAUUCAAAUAAAAUUCAACCAAAAAAACGUCGAGAACGAUUACUACCUCCUAUGCCUGUUGAAGAUACAGAUAAUUGGAGACGUGAAUUAGCACGUAUUGCUGAAAUGAUUGGUUUGGUAACACCAGAUGAAUUAUUAGAAAUAGAAAAUCGGAAGGAAACACCACCAUCGCCAUCACAACUACCAUCAUUAUCUGUUAGUAAAACACCAUCAACAACUGGUCAAUAUAGUCGACAAUCAGGUCGAUGGAAUGAAACACCGAAAUCUACAAGUCGUUUUCGAUCAUCACGUCGACGAACACCACUUAAAUCUAUUUUACCUAAUCAUCUAUUUUGUGUUGAUGAACAAGAAAGAGAAAUGUGGAUGCUUCAAGUACUUUGUCAAGUAUUACAAACUGACAACAUUAAUGAAAUACAAUCAUGGCUUGUUUCUUCAGGCCCUCAUGAAAAAGAAGCUGUACGUCAACUUAUCACAGCAGCAAUCAAAGGACUUGAAGAAAAUGGUCGUAUUCAAAACAAUGAUAAUUUAAAUGAAAAUGCAAAAGGAAUUCAAGUCAAUAUGGAUUCAUUCGGUUCACUAUUAGCAAAUAGAUUUCCUCAAGUAUCAUCAUUAAAGCCAAUAACUCCAUUAAAUGAAAAUUCAUCCAGACCUAUCUCUCGUCCUCGAACAGCUCCACCAACACAAGUACAAGUGCGACCAAAAACAGAAUUUCAUAGUAAAUCAAUGGGAACAUUUCAAACAAAUCUUGAACAGAUUAAUGAAAAUACUGAAACAACAUCAUUAGAUACAAAAACAACUGUACCAGAAGCAACAAAAGUUGACGUUAAUUGUGAUAUACAAAUUCUUACAUUAGAUGAUAAUGAAGAUAAAAAUAAAAAAACAACGAAUGAACAAGAUGAAAAAGUACCAUUUUGA